CUCCGAUGCUCCGCUCAGCCGACGUCCGCCGAAGUCUUCAGCCGCCUCCGAUCUUCCCUCUCUGAAGUCUGUUGUUUGUCGUCAGGCUGGACGAGAUUCACGAAAUAAAGAAAAAAAUAAAUAAAUAAAAGCGAUUUCCAACACUCCUGUGCCCCUCCCAGUCCACAGAAUUUCGGAUCCGAGGCUUGAAAAAGAGACCAACAGUUCAAGAUGAAAGUAAUCAGCGCCGCAGCGCUUGGCGUCCUGUUCUGCACCGUUGUGUCAGCAUCUUUGAAAGUCAAAGAGGAGCACCGGACGGCCUUCUUCGGCGAGGACGUUCACAUCGUAGUAAGUUCUGGGAACGACUUGGAGGUGGUGUUCAAACCGAGGACCAAUCGCUCCUAUGAGGUGCCUCUCAUGCAAGCGGGCCAGGUGCUCAAUCAGUCCAAGGCCGAGCUCAACCCUCUGGGCCACCUGGUCCUGAUGAAUGUGCAGGAGGAGGACGAGGGCAUGUACGUCAUCAGAAACACCAGAAACCCCAACACGGUCAACCACCUCAUCCUCAUCGUCAGGGACUGCGCCCUGGAGGAGACAGUGAAGUAUGGAGAAACCUACAUCAUCCACCUCCACCACAUCGAAGGCCCCAUCACCCUGGAGUUCAGGUAUUUUGGCUUUACGUCGGCAGUAAUGAGGAAAGAGUUGGGUGGGCUGCGGCUUUUCGUUUUGGAUCAGGGGAAUAAGCAGCCUGUGCUCUCUCUGUGCCAAAGGCCCAGUGCGGUGAAAGCCAAUCAGACGGAUGCGGCGCACGCCCCCGAGCCGCCCGCCACCGUGCUGUUCAACGGGACGGCGGUGCUGGGCGACUACGGCCGGCGCCUGAGGGUGUCGGAGAAGCGGGUGGCGCUGCACUCGGUCAGGAUGACGGACGAGGGGAGCUUCACUGUGCUGGACCGCGACGGCCACGCCAAGAUGAGGAACUGCCUGAACGUGAGAGAUCACCAGACCUUCCGCCGUUACACUGAAGGAGCAAACCUGGAGGUCAAGCUCUACCAGCACUACUCCAACGUCAGCGUGGUCUACAGGCCCAAGUCAGACCACCAGGACCGAGUCAUUGUGGACCAAGGGGUUCUGGUGACCCCGGUGGACCCUCAGCUGGAGGGCCGGCUGACGGUGGAGGGCUCAGAGCUCUUCAUCAAGAAGGUCUACCCGUCAGACUCCGGCGUCUUCAAAGUGACCGACCUGGCUGGGUUUCCCGUGGCCCAUUUCUACCUAAAUGUUGAGCCGCACAAGCUGCCGCCGCUGACGGUGGCCAUCCUCUCCAUGCUGGGCCUGAUCGCCUUCAUGCUGCUGGUCUGCUUGGCGUCCUGUCUCUACAAAGUGCAUGAAAGGAACGAGAAGAACAAGAAGCUGAUGCUCCUCGCUCAGCAGGCCGGCAAGGGAGACGGCGAAGCCUUCAGACAGGUGGUUCACGAGGCGUACAGCCGCUUCACUGAGGAGUCCCUGAUGCAGUCCGUUUGCGAGAAACCCUCCGAAGGCACCGAGGUCACCAUCAAGGGCCUGGAGGUGACCAAACCCGGCCGCUACCAUGCUCUCUCCUCAGAUAACUUCCUGGAGAUGAGCGACUCCGGAGUGGAGUUCACCAACUCCGGCCUCCCGUUGGACAGUGACACUGAUGGUGGGAUGACCUACGCCUCCCAGAAGCCCCUUCUGAAUGCUGUUUUGCCCCCAGCCGUGACCGAGCCGGCCCACUCUGACAGCUUGGACGCCACCGCGGUCCCCGACGGCGACCUCAGCACCAUCCGAACCCCUGACUCCGUCAUGAGCGGCAGCCCGGCCUCCAACCCCCGCUCCUUUGCAGCUGCUACCCCCGACGGCAGCCUGCACGGCGCCGCAACCCCGGCUCUGGCCUCCGGGGGCACCGCCGAGUCGGAGGCUGUCAAAACGGAGGGCGACGCGGAGAGCGGAGAAGGGGGGCAGAAGGAGUAAGCGUCUCAGAGCAGCAGGGAGGAAGCACCGGGCUGCGUCUCAUUGGUCCGCGCUCCCCCCGUAAACACCCACAUGGCAGGAACCCCCAUAUCCAAACGUCACCUGGAAGCAGACGCCGCCUGGCAAACAAAAAGGCACAGUAUUGAGUUUAAUGCACUCCGCACAGAUAAAAUGAAACCCACAAAAGAGCUUCCCGGUGCUCCGCUAAAAGAACACAGCAACUUAGCGCCUACAAAAUGCAUGCAGUUCAAUUUAAGACAAAAGAAGAUUUCUUAGAUCAGACCUAGAGGGCUGUGCAGACGUUAGAGUAGCCUGCAUGCAAGCUUCACCAGGUACAAAUAGGAUUCCCAGCCUUUAGACGGUAUAAACAGAUUUGGACUCCUCUCAAAAUGUUGCUUGAAAAAAAAAAGAAAAAUGGAAGAAAA